UAAUUUCAAUUUGUAAAAUUAGAAUCAUUUAGAGACGUAUUUUUAUUUGCUUAAUUUGUAAAUAUUAAAUACUUGUUUUCAUCGAGAGUAAAGAAAAUAUUUUCUAAAGAUGAAUAGAAUAUUCGGUAGAGGAAAACCUAAAGCCCCAGGUCCCAGCUUAACGGAUUGCAUCAGUACUGUUGAUAGCAGAGCAGAUGGCAUUGAACAAAAAGUUAAUAAAUUAGAUGCAGAAUUGAGAAAAUGUAAAGACCAAAUGGCAAAAAUGAGGGAAGGGCCUGCGAAAAACUCUGUCAAACAAAAAGCAAUGAGAGUUUUGAAGCAAAAAAAAAUGUAUGAACAACAAAUAGAAAAUUUAAGAGCACAAUCAUUUAAUAUGGAGCAGGCAAAUUAUACAACACAGACAUUGAAAGAUACACAUACAACUAUAACAGCUAUGAAAGAUGGUGUACAGUCUAUGAAGAAGGAAUUUAAAAAGAUUAAUAUUGAUUCUAUUGAUGAUGUUAAUGAUGAAUUGGCAGAUAUGUUAGAACAAGCAGAUGAAGUUCAAGAAGCCCUUGGUAGGCAAUAUGGUAUGCCAGAGAUUGAUGAUGAUGAAUUGGCUGCAGAAUUGGAUGCUUUAGGUGAUGAAAUAGCUCUUGAUGAUGACACAUCAUACCUGGAUGAUGUGGUUAAGGCACCUGCGGCACCUGAUAAGGAGCCAGGUGCUGACAGCAUCAGAAAUAAGGAUGGUGUACCGGUUGAUGAGUUUGGAUUACCACAAGUGCCUAGUGCUGCACAUGCUAAGUAACAGUUGCAAGUUAUCAGAUUCAUUUUAGUGUAAGCAUAUUUUGUCGCUAAAAUUUUAUUGUUUAUUUUUAUAACUAAAGAUUUUUUUUAUUUAAAAUAUUUUAAAAUUGAAAAGUAUUUGUUAUUUAUUGAAUUGGUAAACUUCUGUCCAUUUAUAGUGGUUGUUAGGUUUAGCAUGAAAUAUUUCAAGAUUUUUGUUUAUGAUUAUAUUAAAUAAUUUCUGCACAUUUAAAAUAAGGUAAAUAAUAUUUAAUAUAUACUAUAAGUGAUCAACUAAUAGAAAUGUUUCAGUUGGUAUUUUUCUUCUGUGUUAUUUCUGUGAUGCCUAUGUUUGUUCUCUUUAGUUGAUGAAAUGUGUAUUAAUAAUUCAUUAAUUGUGUUGUAAUAAUUCAGCUGUAUUUGUUUGUUGUCUUAACAAUGGGCAAAAAUAUUGACAAAAAUGUAAACACUUAUUACGAAUUAUAUUUUUUAAGCUAAUUACUAAUGUGCGUUUCCCACGCAAAUUACUCAUAACUACACAUAGCACAGACUACUACUUUUUUUUCUUUUUGGCUCUAGCUCGGUUUGUGCAUAAGACAGCGUCAAAUAAUAUCGUAUAUUCCUUAUAAAUUUAACCUAUAUUCUAUUUAUUUAAAUGUUUUGAUUGUGCUACGACUACAAGUCACUGUGCACAUGUUAAAUUUUUAACUAAAGCGUGAAAAAUGAAUCGUUUUUGACCAAAAUUUAAACUACUUGUUCGAGUUUUGUUCUGUUGUCCAAUGUUUUUUGCCAUAAUCCAACAACUGAGACCAGAAAAUGCGGAUGAGAGAUUAUUUAAUGCACUUAUUACUUCCAGGCUUGUUGUAACAUUUUAAUAUUAUGUAAUGUUUAAUAAAUAUUUAAAACCA